CCACAGCUGUCAAGCUCACGUUUCGUAUCAGCUUUUUCACGUUGGCUAAACUGUCCUCCGAGGACGUGACGUCACAUUUAGCUCUUUUCCAUCUUGGUUUCAAGAAACACAAGAGCGUAUUCCCAAUCGGCGCUGUUAAAAAUGGUGAAUAAGAAGCCAAACAAGAAGAAGGUAGCGGGCAAGAAAGUUGCCGCCGCACCUCUGGCUGUCAAAAAGGUUGAGGUUAAGAAAGUGGUCAAUCCACUGUUUGAGAAGCGCGUUAAGAACUACGGAAUCGGUCAGAAUGUGCAGCCCAAGCGCGAUCUGUCCCGUUUCGUUCGCUGGCCGAAGUAUAUCCGCAUCCAGCGCCACAAGGCCGUCCUGCAGAAGCGUUUGAAGAUCCCACCGCCGAUCAACCAGUUCUCACAGGCUCUCGAUAAGCACACGGCCCAGCAGCUGUUCAAGCUGAUGGAGAAAUACCGACCGGAGAAUCCGAUCGCCAAAAUCCAGCGUCUGAAGGCUAAGGCUGAGGCAAAGGCCGCCGGUAAGGAGGAACCGCCAGCGAAGAAGACCAACCAGCUGCGUCAGGGUGCCAACACCGUUGUGAAGCUAGUGGAGCAGAAGAAGGCCCAGCUGGUUGUCAUCGCUCACGAUGUCGAUCCGAUUGAGCUCGUCGUUUAUCUGCCCGCUCUGUGCCGUAAGAUGGGCAUCCCAUACUGCAUCAUCAAGGGCAAAUCCCGGCUGGGAACGUUGCUGUACCGCAAGACCUGCACCUGCGUGGCUCUGACCCAGGUGGACAACUCGGAUCGCGCCAACCUGGCCAAGCUGAUCGAGUCGAUCAAAACCAACUUCAACGAUCGCUACGAGGAGAUCCGCAAGCACUGGGGAGGUGGUCUGCUGGGCCCGAAGAGUAUGGCCCGCAUUGCCAAACUGGAGAAGGCCAAGGCCCGCGAGUUGACCCAGAAGACGACGUAAGGAGUUGCUAUCCUAGGUGUUUAAUCUUUAUGUAAGAGGAGCGUUUUGGGUGUUCUUUCGUCGACACGAGAGGAACAAGUGCGUGCGAGGAAAGAGAAUAAAGAAACGAGAAAUUGAA